UCGGGGGCUGGAGACAUCAAGCUGACCAAAGAUGGCAACGUGCUGCUGCAGGAAAUGCAAAUACAACACCCCACAGCCUCCUUGAUAGCAAAAGUAGCGACAGCGCAAGAUGACAUCACUGGAGAUGGUACCACGUCAAAUGUCUUGAUCAUUGGAGAGCUCCUAAAGCAGGCAGAUCUCUAUAUUUCUGAGGGUUUGCACCCUAGAAUAGUAGCAGAAGGAUUUGAGAUUGCAAAGGAAAAAGCACUUGAAGUUUUGGAGCAGGUCAAAGUAACCAAGGAAAUGGACAGGGAGACCCUUAUAGAUGUUGCCAGAACAUCCCUCCGUACUAAAGUUCACACCGAGCUUGCUGACAUCCUAACGGAGGCUGUAGUAGAUUCCGUUUUGACAGUCAGGAAACCAGAUGAGCCUAUUGACCUCCACAUGGUGGAGAUCAUGGAGAUGAAGCACAAAUCAGAAACUGACACAACGCUGAUUAGGGGGCUGGUUUUGGAUCACGGCGCUCGUCACCCUGACAUGAAGAAAAGAGUGGAAGAUGCUUAUGUUCUUACUUGCAACGUAUCCCUAGAAUAUGAGAAAACAGAGGUGAGCUCUGGAUUCUUCUAUAAAAGUGCUGAAGAGAGAGAGAAGCUAGUGAAAGCAGAAAGAAAGUUCAUUGAAGACAGAGUGAACAAAAUCAUAGACUUGAAACGAAGAGUCUGUGGCGAUUCAGAUAAAGGCUUUAUUGUGAUCAACCAGAAGGGAAUUGACCCGUUUUCCUUGGAUGCACUUGCGAAAGAAGGAAUAGUUGCUUUGCGGAGAGCUAAAAGGAGGAACAUGGAAAGGCUGACCCUUGCGUGCGGCGGUACUGCCAUGAACUCUGUGGAGGAUCUCACUCCUGACUGUCUGGGACACGCAGGGCUCGUCUACGAGUAUACGCUGGGCGAAGAGAAAUACACCUUCAUUGAGAAAUGUGACAACCCCCGCUCUGUUACCCUGUUGAUCCGGGGGCCGAACAAGCAUACGCUGACACAGAUCAAGGAUGCCGUAAGAGAUGGUCUGCGUGCUGUUAAGAACGCUAUCGAGGAUGGAUGUGUGGUCCCUGGGGCCGGUGCUCUAGAAGUGGCAGUGGCCAAUGCUCUUGUUAAGCAUAAACCGAACGUCAAAGGAAGAGCCCAGCUGGGGGUUCAGGCUUUCGCAGACGCUCUGCUCAUCAUUCCCAAGGUUCUCGCCCAGAACUCUGGCUACGAUCCCCAGGAAACGCUGGUGAAGGUCCAGACGGAGCACGCGGAAUCGGGGCAGCUCACUGGAGUUGAUCUGAACACUGGGGAGCCGAUGGUGGCUGCGGCGGCUGGAAUCUGGGAUAAUUACAACGUCAAAAAGCAACUGCUUCACUCGUGCACGGUGAUCGCCAGCAACAUUCUCUUGGUGGAUGAGAUCAUGCGAGCUGGAAUGUCCUCCCUGAAGGGCUGAGCGGGGUCUGCUGCUGGCGACGACGGCCAGCUCGGGCCGUGCCCCCC